AUGAAGUUCCCUAGCACUUUGGUAGGCCUCGCCGCUGUGGUUGCUGCCCACGGCGACCACGACCAUCAAGAGGUUUUCGAAGGCCCUCACAACGGCCUGUGGUACAACACAUUGCCCGGUGACGGUGGCACUCAAGCCGAUGCCGUCUUCUCUGGAAUCUCUACCUUCGGUCGCAUCCCGUACAGCCCGUGCCUUUCCUCCCACGCCGCUGACUACGAUAUUGCUUUCCUUGGUGCUCCCUUCGACACUGGAACUUCUUACCGUCCCGGAGCUCGUUUCGGUCCUAGCGGUAUCAGACAAGGUUCUCGCCGUCUCAAUCUCUAUGGCGGAUACAACGUUCCUUUGGCUGCGAACCCUUUCAACUCUUGGGCCAAGGUCAUUGACUGCGGUGACAUCCCAGUUACCUCAUACGACAAUGCCUACGCUCUGCAGCAGAUCGAGGAGGGUCACAACUUGGUUCUCUCCCGCAAGCCUCACACCCAUGCGAACCAGCCUGGUCCUUCCAAGAAGGGCAGGACUCUCCCUCGUGUCAUCACUCUCGGAGGUGACCACACUAUUACUCUCCCAUUGUUGAGGUCGAUCAACCGUGAGUACGGCCCAGUCACCGUCAUUCACUUCGACAGCCAUCUCGACACCUGGAAGCCCAAGGUCUUCGGUGGAUCUCCUUCCGAGCAGGCCAGUAUCAACCACGGUACCUACUUCUUCCACGCCGCACAGGAGGGACUCCUUGCCAACGACACCAAUAUCCACGCCGGUAUCCGCACGACACUGUCUGGACCCUCCGACUACGAGAACGACGGAUACUGCGGUUUCUCCAUCGUUGAGGCUAGGGAGAUUGACAAGAUUGGCAUUGACGGCAUCAUCAAGAAGAUCAAGGAGCGUGUCGGCACCACCAACCCCGUCUACCUCAGUAUCGAUAUCGACACUCUUGACCCAGCUUUCGCCCCUGCUACCGGUACCCCCGAGACUGGUGGAUGGACCACCCGUGAGCUCCGCACCAUCAUCCGUGGUCUUGAGGGCGUUAACCUCAUCGCUGCCGAUAUUGUCGAGGUCGCUCCUGCCUACGACACUAACGCCGAGUUGACCACCAUGGCCGCUGCUGAUGUCUUGUACGAGGUCAUGACCCUCAUGGUCAAGAAGGGGCCCCUCAGCCUCAUGGAGAAGGGCGAGACCCUCGAGCUCAAGUAGAGCUUUGAGAAGAAGCAGUAUACCCAACUAUCGUAGAGAUCUGUGAGGGGGUAGCACGAAGAGAUUUGAGGAGUUACGAGGAAAAGCAUGAGUGGCUUAGUGAACAUUUAGAUGCAUCAUAUCAUGUAUCAGUUGGAAUGAUUUAGGAUGAUGCGCUUGUAUGGUGGAUCUAUCAAUGAAUUAGCAAUGACAAUGUAAAUUGAACGAUGAACAAGAUGUGCCGUAAAAUGUCGUAUCAGAUCAAAUCAGAUCAGAUCAUAAAGUGAUGAAACUUUAUUAGCCAGACCAGGCCAGUCCAGAUGAGACCAGAGAAGUACAUCUAGAAAUCUGGCACCAAGUGUUUUGGUUGUCAUUUGAUGCGCUGACUGAUACGAGAUGGAACAGGUGAUGGUAGAAAAUACAUUCUAG